UCUCUCUCUUCCUCUCUUUCUCCCUGUGACUCUCACCAUGCAAAGACAGUCCCUGGGCUCACCGCUCUCCAAGCUCCACCAGGCCCACGGCGGCGACGACUCUCUCGACGACAAGCGCUCCUCCAAGGACAUUUUAGCCUUUUCCGCCUCAUCCUCCUCUCCAGACUUCGACGACGACAGCAAAGCAACAAAGCCGCACCGACUGUCGUCACCGCCGCCCACCUCUCCGGACAAAGUCAUCCACGUCAUCCCUAUCCUCACCGUCCUCUGCUUCCUCAUCCUCUUCCUCUUCUCCCACACUCCCUCCCCCUCAGAUUUGGCUCAGUUCAAUGGCUUCACUCGACUCCCUUCGGCCAAGCGCAUAGAUUCUGCUGACGACGAAGUCGGCGUCGGCGUCGGCGUCAAACGAUUCAUCGACAUAAGUAAGAGCGAUGUUUUGGCGAUCCGGAGCCUGAGGGAGGUAGGAUCCGAAACCCGGAGACUCGCCCCGAGAUCUCGCUCCCACAGAAAAAUCGCCGAUUUCUAAGCCGCAUUCCCUGGUUCUCUUCUCUACUCUCUUCCAUCAUCUUCCUCCAUUUCCAUACUGCCGGUUCUCCGGCCACUAGCGGAACGUCGCACGUGCGACGCUCGUCAGCUUUAGUUUUUCUCGCAGGUGCAUAAUU